CAGUGCAGCGGCGCGUCGGCGACCCUUUCUUUCUUCCUCUUUCUCUCUCGUUUCGCAUUAGACUUCUCGCCUCUCCGUGCUUCCGGCUACGGUCUCCAUCGCCUCCCCGACGAGUCGCCUACCCAGGUGGCUCCUGGAUCUGCCGGUGUUGGCCGCUGAAUGCGAGAUCUCUUGCAUCGGCCGGCGUCUGCACUUGACAAGGAGGCGAGGAGGGGAACGAGCUAGCUCCUUUUGGCCAGAUUGGGUAGGCAGAAUCAAACCUCUCUCGGUGGCGGGUCCUUCAUUCCCUAGAGAGGCGAAUGGAACAAAAUAUUGAAUCUCAUUUUGGAGCGCGAUAGAUGGGGGGUUUUUGUUGUUGCGGGUGCGAAGAUUUUCUGUGCAAGCCGUGAAGUUUCAUGAUCGUAAUUUUUAGGGGAGUGGGAAGCUUGGUGAGGGCUGCUCGUGGUUUAGGGUUUACUGCUUUUAUGGAUAGAUCUCAUAGUAGAGUAAUUCCAAGUCAUUUGAGGAUCGAGAGUGUGGAGGCUGUCAUCUUGGAUUUACUAGAACCUCUCCUGACGAGGGGAGCUUAAUAUCUUACUCUCUUCCAUGUUGUCCUAGAUUACCCUAAAAUUGUGAAGCGCAAGCAAAAUGAUGUUAUGCCGACCUAGUGCAAGCAAUGCUAUUAUACUGAGUUUUACUCAGAUCACGAUAUUUUUCCUUCUGGUGAGUUUUGGAAGAACUAGUGCAGAAUCCCAUAAUAAUUAUCCAUAUCUUCGGCAAAAUUUGGAAACUGUGGAGGGAGAUGCUUAUCUCAUGCACUCAUGCAUCCAUGAUGAGAUACUCCAUCAGAGGCGCCGCCCUGGUCGAAAAGAGUACUCAGUUACUCCACAAGUUUACCAUGAACAUAGUUUCUCAAGAUCACAACGUAGUGGUAGAAGAGCUUUGCUUCAGGUGUCUAAAACACCUACAUUACAAAAGGAUUCAAAACAGCCUAUCAGGAUAUAUUUAAAUUAUGAUGCUGUGGGUCAUUCUUAUGAUAGGGAUUGCUUAAAUGUUGGAGAUCUUGUGAAGCUUGGUGAACCUUCUGCAACAUCAGUUCCAAGAAGCUCUGUGUGCACCCCUAAUGGAGAUAGGCCAGUAUUUGCAGAUUGUUGGUACAACUGCACAUUGGAAGAUAUUUCAGGGGAAGAUAAGAAGCAGCGUCUUAAGAAGGCACUAGGACAAACAGCAGAGUGGUUCAGAAGAGCUUUAGCAGUCGAACCUGUUAAGGGGAACUUGAGAUUAAGUGGAUAUUCUGCAUGUGGGCAGGAUGGCGGUGUGCAACUUCCACAUGAAUAUGUUGAAGAUGGUGUUGCUGACACAGACCUAGUUCUCUUGGUAACAACUAGACCCACAACUGGCAACACUCUUGCAUGGGCAGUGGCAUGUGAGCGAGAUCAAUGGGGGCGUGCUAUUGCUGGUCAUGUAAAUGUCGCUCCUCGUCAUUUAACAGCUGAGGCUGAAACAUUGCUUUCAGCCACAUUGAUACACGAGGUGAUGCAUGUUUUAGGUUUUGACCCUCAUGCCUUUGCACAUUUCCAUGAUGAACGAAAGAGAAGGCGUAGCCAGGUCACUGUGCAAGUUAUGGAUGAGAAGCUUGGUCGUGCGGUUACACGUAUUGUCCUGCCCCGAGUUGUUAUGCAUGCUAGAUACCAUUAUGGGGCAUUUUCUGAAAAUUUUACUGGCUUAGAGUUAGAAGAUGGAGGUGGUCGUGGUACAUCAGGUUCUCAUUGGGAGAAAAGACUUUUGAUGAAUGAAAUUAUGACAGGAUCCGUCGAUACAAGAUCUGUGGUUUCAGAAAUGACCUUGGCUUUAUUAGAGGAUAGUGGAUGGUACCAGGCUAAUUAUAGCAUAGCUGAGCGCCUUGAUUGGGGUAGGAAUCAAGGAACUGAGUUUAUUACUUCUCCUUGCAAUCAUUGGAAGGGGGCAUACCAAUGUAACACAACUCAGUUGUCCGGCUGUACAUACAACAGGGAGGCUGAAGGAUAUUGUCCUAUUGUAAGUUAUAAUGGAGAUUUGCCUAAAUGGGCUCAAUAUUUUCCACAAGCUAAUAAAGGUGGACAAUCAUCAUUGGCAGACUAUUGCACAUAUUUUGUUGCCUAUUCUGAUGGUUCUUGCACAGACACUAGUAGCGCACGUCCUCCUGAUAGAAUGUUGGGCGAGGUUCGAGGAAGUAACUCAAGGUGCAUGGCUUCAUCAUUGGUGCGCACAGGCUUUGUUAGGGGAUCUAUGACUCAGGGAAAUGGUUGUUAUCAACAUAGAUGUGCAAAUAACACACUAGAGGUUGCUGUGGAUGGUAUUUGGAAGGCAUGCCUACAGGCUGGUGGUCCUGUUCAGUUCCAAGGAUUUAGUGGUGAGUUGAUAUGCCCACCCUAUCAUGAGUUGUGCCGUGGCGUACCUAUGUCUGUAAACAGCCCAUGUCCUGGUUAUUGUAGUUUUAAUGGUGAUUGCAUUAAUGGGCAGUGCCAUUGCUUUCUUGGUUUUCGUGGCGAGAAUUGCGGCGAAAGAUCAUGUCCAGGAAACUGUAGUGGACAUGGUACCUGUCAUCCAAAUGGGAUCUGUGAAUGCGAAAAUGGUCAGACUGGCAUCGAUUGCUCUACCGCUGUAUGUGAUGAGCAGUGCAGUCGCCAUGGAGGAGUAUGCGACAAUGGUGUGUGUGAAUUCCGCUGCUCUGAUUACGCCGGCUAUACUUGCCAGAAUAGCUCAUCGUUGCUGCCUAGCCUUUCUCUCUGUGGUGACGUACUAGAUCAGGAUGUUUUUGGACAACACUGUGCACCAAGUGAGCUGAGCAUACUGCAGCAGCUGGAAGCCGCCGUUGUAAUGCCAAACUACAACCGCUUGAUGCCCAGCAUUCACUCGCUCUUUAGCAUCCUUGACAACAGCUACUGUGCUGCAGCAGCCAAGCGACUCGCCUGUUGGAUUUCUAUCCAACGUUGCGAUAAGGAUGGAGAUAAUAGGCUUCGGGUGUGCCACUCUGCAUGCCAGUCCUACAAUGAAGCAUGCGGAGCAGCACUCGACUGCUUGGACCAGACUCUGUUUAGCAGCGAGGAAAGUGAGGGCCAGUGCACCGGUUUUGGUGAUACAGUACCAUGGUGGAUUCGCCGCUUUGGGAAUCUCUACUUGCAAAGACGACGAAAACUUUAAAGUUCUAGUUAUUGGUUUUUGGUGUCUGCUGUUUACUCUUUUCAUCAGUGUAUUUGUUUUAGGAUCCAUCAUUGCCUAUGUUUUGCAUGGCAAGGUUAAUCGAUUAGGGUUGUAAUUUCACCCAAACAAAAUGGAAUCAAUUAGGACUCAUGGGUGUGUCUACGACUUAGUCGGGUUAAAACAAUACUGGGGCUUGUUCGAAGAAUUAAGCCCCGAUCACCUUGAAAAUGUUUUAAGGAUUGUUGAGUUAACAUGUGAGGGAAGGGGGGAAAUUUAUAA